AAUGAACUUUCAAGACUUUCUUGUUUAAUUUUCAAAUCUUUAAUUAAAUAUACUUCCUAAUCCUUAAGGAGGAGAUAAAGAAUAUUCAACUACAAUCUUGCAUAAAGCAGCAGUUGAGUAAGAUAUAGGUGCUUUAUUAUCACUAAUAUCUUAUUAUCCUGAAAUUGUAGAUUGUUAAGAUUAAAGACAAAAUACAGCUUUAGGAUUAGCAAUUUAAGAAGAAAAGUAUUUUAGUGCUAAAGCAUUAAUAUUUAAUGGAGCAUCUGUAAACACAAAUGCAGCAAAAUAUGGAUCAAUUUUGAAUUUAGCAAUUGUAAAAGGUCAAAUCCAUUUAAUACUUGAUAUAUUAACUUAGGGUGCAGAUCCUAAUCAAAUUGAUGAAAAAGGUAAUACAGCAUUACAUUAUUGUAUGGCAUGUUUUGAUAAAGAUGCUUCCAUAUAUAGGUAAGCAUUCGUUGCUUUACUUAAAAAGAAUAUUAAUCCAAAUGCUCUUAAUCAUGAUGGAUGGAGUCCAUUACAUAUAGCUGUAAAAAGGGGUAAUACAGAUGCUAUUUCAGCAGUUAUCUAACACAACAAUAAGAAAUAAUUAAAAUUUGAUUUAAAUCUUAAAGGUGGGAAGAAACGUUAAACUCCUUUGCAUUUAGCUUGUUCAAAUUGUCAUUUUGAAAUAGUUGCUAUACUUUUAUAAUAAUCAGAAGUCAAAUUAUUCUGUAGAAAUAAGCUUAAUUAAAUUGCAUCUCAAUGUUGUUUACAUAAUUAUAAAAUAUAUAAGUUAAUAAAAAGAUAUGAAUAUGAACAAUUAUAUAGAUUAAAGAAAAACUGGUAAUUUUAAGAUUAGGAUGAAUAUUCAGUAAAGGAGAAUGAUUCAUAUACAGAUUUAGAUGAAAGUAUUUAACUCUUUGAUGGAUUAUAAUUAAAAUAAAUAAAGAUAAAUAGAUCAGUUUUAGGUUGUCGAGAAAGAGCAACUGGAUGUAAAUUUAGAUUCUCUAGUUAACCACCUUAAAAAUGA